AUGGAGUGGGCUGAGGCUGAUGACUGGAUCCGCCAUAAAAACCACAUACACCACCUCUACAUUGUGGAAAAUCGCCCGUUGCACGAUGUGAUGAGGCUGAUGAAGUCUAGAUAUGGCUUCCAGGCUACCCCGAAGAUGUACAAGACGAAAUUGAGCCGAUGGAAAUUUCGCAAGCAUCGUGAACACCAACACCGGCGCAGGAUUCCCAACGAAACCCAGUCUCGUAAUAUCUCACAAUGCAUGGAGUUGAUUCCCGCUCCACGAUCCUGUCCUCCUCCUGCCAUGACUCGAGUAUACCCUGUCACUAUUCCCGAGUGGAUAUUCCACAUCAUCAAACAGUACAACGAAGGAUCCUGCAGGGGCAAGACCUGGUACACGACCGCAGAUGGAAGGUUCACCACCUGCAAAGACCCAAUGCAUGCAGAGAUCCAGGUGGAUCAAUUUGUCGCGUGUUGGAUCUCGGGAUUGUCGCCUACAAAGCACGGCACUUUUGUGGAAAUGGGUCACGAAAUGUCAAAAGCCUGCGACCUCAUCCCGACUUUGGUCCAGGCUGAACACCCGCAUCUCGUCCGGGCGGUUCUGGAGCUCCUCCGCUAUUAUAAUAUGGCCCGGUGCUACGAUAUGGCUAGGAUAGUGCUGGCGCAUUUACACAACAUGACCAACUUGUACCUAGGGCCUAAGUACCCCCUGACGCAACUGUGGAGCUUGUUGCUCCAUGUGGGUGAUGGUGCUCGCGACGAAGUUAUU